AUGUUGAAGCGCGAAAAUGUGUUUGAACAGCUCAAGCAUGCUGUCUGGAAUAGUGGAAACAAAGAAAAACCAGAGUUUUUGAGGAAAUUGCAACAUCGGCAACAGAUUGAGAUUGACAGUGAUGGACCUCUGCUGCCGCAAGAAUCGGUUCUGGGCUUGCUAGCGGCCACUCAACGCAGUGCUGUACACUACAAGUGGAGCGUGGCCGAUCUGGUUGUACAGGAUCUAAGCAGCAUGCGGUUUCAAGACAGGUCUUCGGAAAAAGUUUCCAUUUGGUACAAACUAAUGAGCUCUACGAUUUGGGACGAUGCAAAAAGUUUUGAUUCACACAUUUUCGAGACACUCCUGAACUUUGCGUUGUAUGAAAAAGCCGACGAUGCCUGGAGAGGGAUAGCUCUUCUUUUAGAGUUGGCCAGGCGUAAUGAAACCCGCUGUCCGCCGGUUUUAAUUUCGGUAGUGCAAGAAAGAUACGCAAGUAGUAUGGCAAGAGUUUUGGAUCAAACUCAAGAUUUUCAGCUGGUCGUAAAUCUUGUCAGGUUGCUAAUAUUUUUAUCUGCGAGCGGUGCUUCAUCGUCUAUGGAAGGAUGGAAUACUCCGUCUUUCCAAUUAUGGGAGGAGCCAAGCAGAAAUAGAGCUUUCUUCGGUAACAGUGACUUCCUAGAUUUGGUAGGCAAACCGAAUGCAUUCGUUUGCGACUUUGUUCUUCAAAACAUGGGGGAAUUCUCGAAUGUAGGGAUUGUAUCCGCCGCUUGCUAUUCCCAAGGUUCUGACAGGAAAAAUUUCGGCAUAAAAUGCAUCCAGUUCAGCAGACAUGCAAUAUACGCAUGGACGCAGUUGGGGGCGCUAUAUGAAUUUGAUUUGCGAUGUUUUGAUCUUUCGGCAACCGAGAGUGAAUUACUGCGACUAAAGCGAGUGAAACCAUCAGAGUCAGCGAUCCGCACUCUAGAAACUGUGGUUGAUCGAACGUGCCUAGCGGCUACAAACUUCCUCGUUAGAUUUAGCGAUAGAACCCUCACUCAAAAGGUUUUAAAACAAUGCUACAGGAACAAGAUUAGUGAAUGUGAGUCCUUUAUAUCCCUUCAGUUUGCUCUUUCCGGUCAGAGCGAUGGGGAAGACCCCCAAAAGUGUGGGCCGUUGGCUCUACCAACCCCGGAAAGAGAACCAUCGGAAGUACAACUUACUCGUAAAAGCGCAAUAGUCCCAAAGCCAAAGGCCUCAAUGAAUGCCACGCGGAACCUCAAGCCCAAGCCGCUGAAGUUAGUUUUUCCCACCAGUAGGGACCAGAAAACGUUUCCCAAGCCUUUGAAUUCCAAUUCAGAUGAAAUGUGGGACAUAGAGCCCUCCGGAAACGUGCAGGAGCAAGUCGCUGUGCCAACGUCGCCUUCUGUUCAUAUGGACAUUGUUUCCGACCACGAAACGUAUUCCGAACAGUCACCACUUGUGAUGGCUCAAAGACGUAGACAAGAGAGGGCAGAGCGGAGGGAAAAAGCUACUGCGCUGAAAAAGAUACCUUUACAGACGACGUCACCAGAAACUUCCCAAGAGAUUCCCGAUGGAAAGGGACCUGCGAAUCCUACAAAACUCAGCAUUCCUGAGUUUAUUGGAAACGACCAACGAUGUGAGUCGAAAGUAAGCAAAGGAAUCUCUAAAAAGGAGAUUUCACAAUUGGAUAGUAUUUUCAAUAAGUUGGGACAUCAAGGAAGGCACAGAGAAAAGAUAGGAAAGGGUGCCCUCACUCGAAUGAAGAGGAAAGCCGAUGACUCUAUAGCGACCGAGACCCGAAAUGCCAAAUCCAAGAAAAUUGUAGAGAUCCCCGUCGAAAACGUGGCUACUGCUGCAAGGGACCUACCGAAGCCCGAUAGUUCAGCGGCUACGACGAAGCGGCCUACCACUGCUAUUGCUGAAUCCACAAAUCUCGAUGUCACAACUUUGACAACACCGUUUUUGCAUACAGACAAUGGGCCGCUGGGGGGCUCUUUCACCAAUCAGUUGCAGGAUCAAAUAUUCAGCUCGAUCCGUCAAUUCACGGACCAGUUCGCAAGAAAAAUGAAGAUAAUAAACCAAGAAGUCAACCGGAGAAUAAGCCUCGAGCUCUCUCAAAAAUACCAGCUUCUUUUUUCGCAAUUGCAAGAAAGCUUCGAGCACGACGUGGCUCAAAUGUCCCUAUUUAUGAACGACAUCAAGGACAUGUUGCACAUGCCGGAAGAAGAGUUGAUCCAGGCCAUUGCAAGCAAAAACCGGCGAACUCAAGAAGAAGAGGAUAAGCAAUAA